AUGUUCUUCCCAUUGAAGCAUUUGCCCCAGAAGACGACCGCCGCUGCCGAUGAUUCGGAAUAUGAUUCAGAUGACUACCUGCCUUUAGGUGAAUUGCGUAAAAAAUUAAUCCCUUUGAAUAAUUCCUUCGCGGAAGUGUUACCAACACCAGAUCUAGUCAAAAAAAAAUCUGCUCCAAGACGUAAAGCUAUAAAUUACAAAGCAGUUGAAGUCAAGCGAUCCGUAUUUUUAAAGGAGGUGGAGUCUCAACUUGAUCCCGUUCCAGUCUUAUCGAAUACCGCUAAAUCGCCAUCUGAAUCUGUGUCUUCCAUUGCAUCAAAAACAAAAGAACAUAACGAAGAAUGGCACUGUGUGAUUUGCUACGAAGAUAUGUAG